AUGUCAAGUAACAAAUUCGGCUCCGUCCUUGUUACCGGCGGCAAUGGCUUUAUUGCCUACCACAUCAUCGCUAAAAUCCUCGAGGAGGAGCCUGACUGCAUAAUUCACUCAAUUGACGUGAAUACCGACCGUAACCGCCACCCUGACCCGAAUGUGCACUACCACUAUGGUGAUCUAUCCUCCGCUGCGGACGUGCAGCGGAUCAUGCAGCUCUCCCGCCCUGUCACCAUCUUCCACACUGCAUCUCCCGAAUUCUCCGAUGCACCUGAGUCAGCGUACCGCGGCAUUAUUGUCGACGGUGCCCGCUAUCUCAUAGAGGCUGCUGUUAAGCUGAAUACCGUGAAAGCCCUGGUAAAUACCUCAACUUCGGGCGUUAUAAACGACAACCAUACCGAUCUCAUCGAUGCUACAGAGGAAAUGCCAAUCCUCCGUCCUCCACGGCAAAAGCGCCUCUACUGCAUUGCGAAAGCAGAUGCGGAAGAUAUCAUCCAAGCUGCCAACCGCAAUGGCGGCCAGGACGAUCACGGCAUAAUGACUUGCGCGAUCCGACCGAGUCUUGCAUUCGGCGAGCGUGACGCCGGCACCUUGGGCAAGAUGUUCGCCGUGGCUCGUCAAGGCAAGUCCCGUUUCCAGAUGGGCAAGGGACAGAAUCCGUACGAUUUUGUCUACGUCGGAAACCUUGCCGAUGCACAUCUUCUUGCCGCCCAUGGCCUUCUUGAUGCAUGGGGAAAGCCUCCUCCGACUGACAAAGCUGCGGGACGUGUCGAUGGCGAAUGCUUCCAUAUCACGAAUGAAGACCCCUGGCUCUUUUGGGACUUCCAGCGGGCGGUUUCUGCUAUAACGGGAAACCCAAUCCGACCCGAGGAUGUCAUAGUGAUCCCGAAGUGGGUUGGGCUAACAAUUGGAUUUGUGAAUGAGUGGGUUGCGUGGUUGGUAUAUGGUAAAAAGGCCAAUAUGACUCGUGAGGGUAUUCGGUUCAGUACCCUAAUGCGUACGCUUAAUGGAAGCAAGGCUAGGCGGGUGCUUGGAUAUCGCCCAAAGGUGAAUAUGCAGGAAGGCCUGGAGCGGAGUGUGAAUUGGUUUAUGGAGAACGCGCGGGAUUAG